UCAAAUUCCGUCGUUACUGCUUGAGGUGAUAAUAAUGCUAAAUUUGAAAGGCGCGCGCAAUCCCCGGCGUUCUCAGCGCAUGCGCUUGGCGCGAUCUAGCGGCAGAACGCGGUACUACGCGCAGGCUUUGCGAGGUUGCCGCACGCGUCGCAACACGCCCACCAUCUGAGUGACAGUGACAACUUUUUAACCUUCGUAAACACGCGGUGUUGUGGGCGCAUCAACAUGCCAGUGGACAAAGACAAACUGUUCCAGAGCCUUUUUGGUGUUUUCAAGAAAAGCCAUUGUGGAAAGCCUGCUGGCAAAGUGCAGGCGUUGUGUGUUGCCGAAUGGAAACAGAUACGCCAAAAGUGCAAGCAAGAUGACAGUCUCUUUGAGGCCGAAGUGAAGGCAGUGAUGGCUCGCGAACAAGCGACAAUAAGAAAGGGCAACAUACUGAAUUACUUGUCCAAGGGCCCUUCAACCCCCUCUUCCACUAUCACUCCACCACCGAGGCCGACUUCGUCCACAAAUUCGCCUUCAACUUCGGCUUCGGACAACGCCAGUGACUCGCCUGCCGCUGCUGAUCGCGCCGCCGGCAAUGAGGGACCAGAAUCGCAGGAAUCGGACGUGGACGACCCUGAAAGUGAAGGUUUGGCACGCCGCACAGUGCGGCGAAAUCGAAAAAAAGGUGGCCAAAAUUCAUUUUUCCAAAGUUUUCUUUUAGCUUUUGUGACCUAUGGUGGUCGAAGUACAGUGUCUGGGCUACAUAUUACUGUGCAACUUAGCCCCCGACUGAGCGUGGGCUCCGAGAAAUGAUGCUUCAAAACUACCGGUUCUGGCGCGACUCGUCAUGGCGCGUCGAGAGCGCGUAUGCGAUGGCUGUUUUCAAGCGUCUCUUAUUUGUUGUGCGAGUGAUAUUUCUUUAAACCCCGACCAUGAGGCGAUAGCUCUAGCCUUCUUCUUUCUUACAGUACUCGUGGA